AUGCCGCGACGUACGUGCUUCGCCGUGCAUCGCCACCCAGGUUAUGUAUUACCGAUUAUGGAUUCGAAAUAACGUCCAUGCGGCAUGUGUACAAGUAUUAUCGACACGUGAUAUGGGGUCAUGGUGAAAAUUUGUCGGAAAACCGAACGCAAAUUUUAUCGUUCCGGCAAUACUUGGCCAAAUCCCCGAUUUUGCUAGACCCCAAUACGUCGACCGAAGUCUAUGGGAGGUAUAAAAAGCGGGGACAAGGUCACCUUAGCAAACAGAAGUCUGGGAGCAGUCGUACGGAUCGGAAGAAAGAACGGCUGGUAAACCGUCCAAAUAAAUUUGGUGUUUGCUUCAUUCUUUUUCUUUGCUUUGUAUCUUUCUUAAAAGUAAUCAUGAGAAUAAUGGCAACGUUGAGAAGUAAACUGUUAAAUACAGUGAUGGAUCCGGUUCCUUCGAGUUCGCACAAAGUGACCGUGGUCGGUGUAGGUAACGUCGGUAUGGCUUGUACCAUCAGUCUUUUAGCAAAAAAUAUUUCGAGCGACUUGGCGCUGGUCGAUAUGGUGGAAGACAAACUGAAGGGAGAGAUGUUGGAUCUGCAACACGGUAGUUCAUUCUUGAGGAACGCGAAAAUCAACGCGAGCACGGAUUAUUCCGUAACGGCGAAUUCGAGCGUGUGCAUAGUGACCGCUGGUGCUCGUCAAAAGGAAGGCGAGACGAGGCUCGAUCUCGUUCAAAGAAAUACGGAUAUUUUCAAAAGCAUUAUUCCCGAAUUAGUGAAAUAUAGUCCGAACACGAUCCUUCUUAUCGUCUCGAAUCCGGUCGACAUUCUUACCUACGUUGCGUGGAAACUUUCUGGUCUUCCAAAGAAUCAAGUGAUCGGGAGUGGCACCAAUUUGGACUCGGCUCGAUUCCGCUUCCUCUUGUCCGAGAAAUUGAAAGUCGCCCCUACAUCGUGCCACGGUUGGAUGAUCGGGGAGCACGGAGACACGUGUGUGCCGGUAUGGUCGGGAGUGAACAUCGCUGGAGUGAGAUUGCGCGAUCUGGACGAAACUGUUGGCACGGAUGAUGACAAGGAAAAUUGGAAUGAGAUAUAUAAAAAGGUCGUUGGAUCCGCUUACGAAGUUAUCAAGCUGAAGGGUUACACAUCGUGGGCCAUUGGCCUGAGCGCUGCCCAAAUCGUCUCCUCCAUAUUGCGAAACUCGCAACAAGUUCAUGCCGUAGCUACCCUGGUUACCGGUAUACAUGGAAUCAAAGAUGACGUGUUCCUGUCUUUGCCGUGUACACUGGGUGAAAACGGCGUCAACACUAUCAUCCAACAAAGCUUAACGGACGAGGAGACGUACCUUUUGCAAAAAUCGGCUGAGACAAUAUACAAUGUGCAAAAAGAUUUGAAAUUAUAAGUAAUUCACGUCCCGUGUAUUUUAUGCGCGAAUAACAACACGUUCUCUCUAAAUGGAAUCCAUCGUUCAUCGUUCGUUGAAUUUUGCGCGUGUUAUUAUACAUAUGAACUAUUGUUUUUUAAAAUCAUCUUUUGUUUCUAC